GAUGGCGUCUGCCGUGCGGUCCGGGCCUCGCUUGGCGUUGCUCGCACUGCUCGUGGCGUCGGCUGCUGAGGGAUACAUCGAUAGGGGCUUCCUGCUGACGGCGCCGAAGGUGCUGAUAGCCAACACCGUAGAGCGUUUCUGUUUGACGUUCUUCAACCUGCGUGACAAGGCCAGUGUGUCCGUUUACCUGCUGCCCAAGAAGAACAGCACCGUCGACGACAGCGUGGCGCAGCUCUCCCGCACCUUCUACGUCAGUGGACCCAGUGAUGAAAAUGUCUGCUUCGACUUUACCGUGCCGAAGAAAGCGCCGUCAAACGCGUAUCUACGCGCGACUGUUCGUUCGGGAUUCUUCUCUUCGAGCCAGCAGUCGAGACUCCGUGUGCUGCCUUUCACGCUCGUGACGCUGGUUCAGACCGACAAGUCCAAGUACAAGGCCGGCGAUCUGGUACAGUUCCGCGUGGUGACGCUCAAGAGUGAUCUUACUGCCAUGGAGGAGGUGGUGGACCAGAUUUUCAUUACAACACCAGGCGGUACAAGACUGGCACAGUUCGACAAGGUCGCCACGCGGUCCGGUAUCAUUCAGAAGAAGUUCCAACUGACAGAAGAGCCUCCCCUUGGCAGGUGGACCAUCCAUGUGAAGCGCAGUGACAACAUCGUGAAGCAGCCGUUCGAGGUGGAGGAGUACGUGCUGCCCCGCUUCGAAGUCACCAUCACCGGCCCUAAAUACAUCACUAACCAAGCCAACACCGUCACCCUUAAAGUCUGCGCCACCUACACGUUCGGGAAGCCGGUGCCGGGCGCUGCCCUGAAGCUGUUGGUGUCCCGUCCGUCGACGUUCUUCUUCCGACGCCGGCACGGGUCAAGUUCCGAGAAGCCGCCGCCUUCGAACGUGACCUUCACGGAGGAGACGGACACGGACGGCUGUGUCGAGAUCGACGUCGUGCUGGCAAAGAUCGGACUAGGAGGUGCCGUCACUCGCCGCGUCUAUGCGAGUAGGGUAAGACUCGCGAAAUGUUCCAGACUAGGUGCUUUUACAGGCGGAGACAUUAACCAGACGACUUCCCACACUUCCAGACUAGGUGCUGUUACAGGCGGAGACAUUAACCAGACAACUUGUCGCACAAACGGUUCUCUUGUUCGUGUACACUGAUCUAUUCAAG